AUCUCUAGAUCCAUCGGCAGCCUGCAAGGCUCAACGCGAUCGCGCCGCUCAAACAUGCUACCACCCUGGCAGGGCCCAUCCUGCCUGCACGUGCUGUACAACCUUCUGCUGGCACCGUUCGAAGAUCUUCUACCCGAUAUCAGCACCACAUCCCGCCUGGGCCGCCGCGAGCUCAUCCUCGUCCUGGAAAAGGAACUCUACCUGGUGCCGUUCGCGAUCCUCCGCAGCGGCGACGAGUCCGGCGAGUACCUUUCCGAACGCUGCUCCCUGCUUACGGUCCCAUCGCUGCACACCCUGCGCCAGAAGAGCCGCACCAAGGCGCGCGAACCCGCGGAAGGCCUGAACAGCGCGCUGGUCAUCGGCGGUCCGAAGAUCCCGGCGUCCCUGUCGGAGACGUGGGGCUGGUCGGAGUCGCCGGCGUCGCUUCAGGAGGCGGCCAUGGUGUCGGACAUGCUGAACACGAAGCCGCUGGUUUCGUGCAGUGCCACCAAGGAGGCGAUCGUGUCGGAGUUGGGGGCGGCGGAGUGCGUGCACUUUGCGGCGAACGUUAGCUGGAAGAUGGGUGCGGUGAUUUUGAGCCCGGGGGAGGUGUUGGACUCGCAGUCGCAGAAGCGGUGGGACGGGGACGAGGACGGGGUGGGGGAUUUGGGGGGGUCGGAGAUUCCGCCGUUGUCGGACUUUGUGCUGAGCGCGUCGGAUUUGCUGGCGAUGAAGUUGAGUGCGAAGUUGGUGGUGUUGAGUUCUUAUCACUCGGUGGAGCCGAUUACGGGGUCGGGGGUGGCGAAUUUGGCCGGGAGUUGGUUGUUUGCGGGGACGGGGGCGAUUUUGGUGUCGCUGUGGCCGGUUCCGGAGACGGCGGCGAAGAUUCUGCUGCGGGCGUUUUAUUCGGCGCUGCUGCAGGGAACGAGGGCCGCGAAGGCGUUGGCCGAGGCCAUGCAGACGGUGCAGCACACGAAGCACUUUGCACAUCCGGCGAACUGGGCUGGGUUUAUUUUGAUUGGGGGGAACGUGCGGCUUUCGAACAAGGUUGCUUUGAUUGGGCAGGCGUUGUGCGAGUUGAUGCGAACGCCGGACAAGUGCAGGGACGCGUUGCGGGUUUGUCUGCACUUGGUGGAGAAAAGUCUGCAGCGGAUUCAUCGCGGGCAGAAGAACGCCAUGUACACUACGCAGAAGAGUAUUGAGAACAAGGCGGGGCCAGUUAUUGGGUGGAAAGAUUUGUUGAUGGCGGUUGGGUUCCGGUUUGAACCGGCGGCGAAUGGAAUUCCGUCGAGCGUGUUCUUCCCGCAAACCGAUCCGGAGGAUCGACUGUCGCAAUGCUCGGCGAGUUUGCAGGCUUUGCUUGGGUUGUCUCCGACGACCCUGCACGCCUUGUCCAAACUUGUGAACAACGCGGAGAUCGCCGACGAGAUCAUCGGCGUGAUGCGGAACGUGGUCACGCAGUUCCCUCCGAAGGGCACCACCAGCAACGAAAGCGAGAGUAUUGACAUCAUAAUCGGUGUGAGGUUGUGGCGCGUGGCAGGUUGCCACGAAUUGCUUGCGUCCCUCGGCUUUGACCUCAUGGAGGUCGGCCAGGAUCAGGUCACACUCCGCACCGGCAAGCAAGCCAACCGCCGCAACUGCCAGUUUGUCCUGCAGUCGCUACUCGCCCUCUUCGACACCCAAGAAGCCCCCAAAAGCCUGGGCAUCGAGUCCAGCAGCAGUUCCGAAUCCCUGAACGAAGACACCUCGGACGAGGCGGCGCCAGCCGCCAAACCCCCAAGCCCUACCCCAACCGCACCGGAAGCCCAACGCAGCGUGUCCCCGGCGGUGACCGUCAAGAGCCAAGCCAGCUACAACUUCCCCCGACCACCGCUCCCCUUUCGCCGGGUGCCCUUCCUGAGCACGCGCAGCGCCUUCAUCUCGUACGUGCGACGCCGCGGCGAACCGGACGGCGGUCAGACGGAAGUCCCCAUGGGGACUCAGCAAGCGCAGGCCCAGCAGGACUCCAGCUUGGCGAACACUACCGACAGCGAGCUGUCGGACGGGUACACGACGCAGCAGAUCUUGAUGAAGAGUGAUCACCUGGCGAAGGGGUUGGGGUAUUCGAGUUUGCGCGGGACGAUCAAGGUUUCGCGACCGGGUGGGGGCGGGGAGAGUGAUGCGGCGUUCACGCCGAGUCCACCCGUUACGCUGCAGACCGUUGUUGAUCCGAACGUUUCGCUGGCGCUGGCGCACCAGACGAGGAUCAGGAAUCUGUACACGAACAAUGGAGUUAGCAGUUAUGGGCAUGAAACGGUGAGGGAGGGUGGUGUGAACUUGCGACGACCGGACAGUUCCAGCUCGGCUAGUUCGGCGACGGAUUGGGAGGGCUCCGGACAUGCUACGGUGCUGAGGAGGGCGAAUCAAGGUCAUCCGAAUCUGCCUCCGUUGCCGCCACCGCGGCAAACUUUGCCGAUGGUUGACAGUUUGAGGCCACUUGCUCCGUUGGCACCGGUCUACAAUAACAUAACCGGAGGAAGUGGAAGCACUGUUGGAAAGGUUCCUCAAACCAAGAGCGUGCUGGAAUCGACAAGUUCGGACUCGGAGUUUGAGCGAAGCUUCGAUCUGCCUUCAGGGUCGAACGCCGGCUCGAUCAGCAGCAAGCUGACCAGCCUUGCUCACAGCAUUCAGAGCAUGCGAAGCCGCAAGAUGAAGCUUCAACCCAUGCAACAGCAGCAACAACAACUCCAGCAAACCAAGAAGAUGGUCGACCAGUUCUCCUUCAUGGACCGCCUCAGCUGUCGCACGGAGAUCAGCAGCUCGAGCAACCAUCACGUGGCUCCACCCCGCAAACCGCUCUCAACCCUCCCGGACGACGAGCGCACGCUCAACCUCAACGCCAGCAAGCUCUACUUCAACCCGGCGGACGCCGAAAUCAUCCCUCUCGCCGAGUCCGUCACCUCAGCACCCACCAUCGGCGGCCCCUCAUCCUCCGCCACCUCCAGCAAAGACAGCAACAAACCCACCAACAAAACCAUCCAAGACUCGAUCAUGCGCCACAUGAGCCGCGAAAUGACCCCCACCAUCUCCGAGGUCUACCACGAGCGCAACAUCGGCCUCGGCCUCGCCCCCUCCCUCUCCAAGCUCCUCCUCUCCAAAAACUACGACGACUCCCCGGACCUCAAACCCCAAUCCUCCUCCUCCACCUCCUCCGCCUCCGCCGCCGCCGCCUCCCUCCUCAACAAACCGAGCGCCGCCCUCACCGUCGGCAACCUCGCCGAAGCCAUGAACGAAAUCGAAAUGAACGCCACCACCUCGUCAAAACUCGACGUCGAAGGCCAGUGCAACAUCUGCAACAGCCCGUCCGACCUCCUCUGCGGUUGCAGCACCACCUCAACGGUCGCCGCAGUCGCCGCCAUGACCGCAGCCCUCGGCGCCACCACCAUCACCAAAAAGUCCAGCUCCAAACCCUGGCUCAGCAACGUCACGCCGAACCUCGUCAAACCCGGCGACCUCACCACCGCCGACAUCCUCGAGCAGCAGAAGCAGCUCAAGUCGACCGUGUCCGGCCUCACCAGCAACAUGUCAUCGUCCACCGAAAACUCUUUGUCGACGGUGGUUAAGCGUGGUGGUUCGCCCUUCUCGGACUUGUCCAGAAGGGACGAAGGGGACGGGAGGAGUGUGGCGGACUCGCAGUGUUCUGGGAGCUUUCGUACCGAUAUAACCGGGUCGACGGUUACGGUGACGACGGCGGCGGCGUGUAAGGGAGGGCAGCAGACGGCGGUUGGUGCUGGGCAAGGGGGGAGUGGAAUGCAGCAGCAGUCGGCGCAAGGUGGACAAGGGUCGUCGUCCGGUGGAAGUGCGUCGGGGCAGACGAGUUCGAGUCAGAGGAGUAAAUACAUAAUUGAUACGUGAGGAUUUGUAAAAUAGUUACGAAAGCAUAUUAACGAGAUUUUAAGAAAUUGUUUUAAAAAUAAAGAUUUUAACCUGCAUUUUAAAAAUAAUUUAAAUUAGAUUUUAAGUUUUAAAAAGUAAUAAUGAACUGAUUAGAUAGACCUUUUUAACUAUUGUAGAACAAUCAAAACUAUAUUUUUUAAACUAUACACAGCCGAUUUGAGAUUAAACAUAUUCAUUUGAUAAGUAAGGAAAUGGGCAGAAAUUAAACUGUAUAAAAAAGCCUACAAAGAACCUUGGUGAGAAUACUCGAUUUUACUAUAUUAGAAACUAAAAACAAACUAAGAGGAUUGAUUUUAAAUUCCCAGUGUAAAGCAUUUUUUGUAAAUAUCAUAUAUCGUCAAAUAUAUAUUUUAAUUGAAUACAAGAAUGUUGAAGCAAA